AUGCGAGGCGUGCGACCGCCGGCGUGGGCGACCGGCGUCAGCACUCGGCCAGUCCUGCGCGCGCAGAACGUCAUUCUUCGUGACAUCUUGCCUCUGUCAGGUCGAAGCUGCGCCUAUCAUCGUGGCCAAACUCUCAACUCAAAUGAUCGACUAUACUCGACAGCAUCGGAAACAUUUCGAGGACGGACCGGUCGCGUUACUCGACCAGCCGAUUCGGCGCUCACCGUUCACCAGCACAGCUUGCAACGCAUCGCAACAAGGUCGCCCAUUAUCUCUCUUCUACGGCCAUUGAGUACCUCUUCGAAUCUUUCUGAAGCUAAGCCGAGCGUGCCGCCUUCAUCGCCUUCAAAUUCCGCCCAAAGCAACACUCCCUUUGUUCCGGAAAAGACAGCCGAGGUUGCACAAGAUGAAGGGUUCGAACUGUCAGAGAAAGCUGCUCAGGCGGCUCAGGUCAAUUUUCGAGCGAAGCUGACCAAGGACGGAGCAUCAGGCAAGAAGUCGGGCUUCAGCGAGAUAUGGCGGCUCCUCAAGAUUGCGCGCCCUGAGGCAAAAGCUCUCGGAUUUGCGUUCUUCUUCCUGUUGAUCUCUUCGUCUAUCACCAUGUCUAUACCCUUUUCGAUUGGCAAAAUCAUUGAUGGAGCCACCAAGAGUGAGUCAGAAGGUGGUGGUCAGCUUUUCGGCAUGAGCAUCCCCACGUUUUACACGGCUUUGGGUGGAAUCUUGCUUCUCGGUGCCGCCGCCAAUUAUGGACGAAUCAUCAUCCUUCGUAUUGUUGGUGAGCGCAUUGUCGCAAGAUUACGCUCCAAGCUGUUCCGCCAGACGUUUGUCCAGGAUGCAGAGUUCUUCGAUGCGAAUCGUGUUGGUGAUCUGAUCUCCCGACUGAGUUCAGAUACCAUUAUUGUUGGCAAGAGCAUCACGCAAAACUUAUCCGAUGGUCUUCGAGCUGGUGUCAGCGGUGUCGCUGGAUUUACGUUGAUGGCAUAUACGAGUCUGAAGCUUUCCAGUGUCUUGGCUGUUCUGCUGCCUCCCAUUGGUCUUGCUGCACUCUUCUACGGACGAGCCAUUCGAAAUCUUAGCCGAAAGAUCCAAAAGAACCUGGGAACGUUGACCAAGAUUGCCGAAGAGCGCUUGGGCAAUGUGAAGACAAGCCAAUCGUUUGCCGGUGAAAUUUUGGAGGUCAACCGUUAUAAUACCCAGGUUCGAAAGAUCUUCGACCUGGGCAAAAAGGAAUCCUUGAUCAGCGCCACAUUCUUCAGUUCGACGGGGUUGAUGGGGAACUUGACCAUUUUGUCUUUGCUUUACUUCGGCGGUGGUAUGGUUCAGUCUGGAGCAAUCAGCAUUGGAGAGUUGACAUCUUUCCUGAUGUACACUGCCUAUGCGGGCUCCAGUAUGUUUGGUCUGUCCAGUUUUUAUUCCGAACUCAUGAAGGGUGUGGGUGCUGCGAGCCGAUUGUUCGAGCUGCAGGAUCGUCAACCGACAAUUCAUCCAACCAAGGGUGUCAAGCUAUCCGACUCGACCUCGACUCGACCUGCCGUCACAAUCUUCAAAGAUCUGAACUUUGAAAUUCCCCAGGGUACCAACGUUGCGAUCGUGGGCCCUUCCGGUGGUGGUAAAUCAACCAUUGGCUCCAUUUUGCUCCGCUUUUACAGCCCCAACAGCGGCCGCGUUCUCAUCAAUGGCAAGGAUAUCAAGGACAUGAACGCCAAAUCACUUCGAAGGAAGAUCGGUGUGGUCGCCCAAGAGCCAGUCCUCUUCUCCGGAACUAUCGCUGAAAACAUUUCCUAUGGUCGCCCUCGCGCCACCCGGUCAGAGAUUGUGGCUGCGGCUCGCAAGGCCAACUGCCAAUUCAUCAGCGACUUCCCUGAUGGUCUCGACACUCAUGUCGGAGCUCGUGGCGCGCAGUUAUCCGGUGGACAGAAGCAGCGCAUUGCCAUCGCACGUGCUCUGAUUAAGGAGCCAGAUAUCUUGAUUCUGGACGAAGCUACCUCGGCCCUUGACGCCGAAUCUGAAACUUUGGUCAACAGCGCCUUGGCUGCUCUCCUCCGCGGCAACAACACCACCAUCAGCAUUGCUCACCGGCUUUCCACCAUCAAACGCUCCGACACGAUUAUUGUCCUUGCGCCAGAUGGAACAGUCGCUGAGCAAGGCUCCUAUGAGGAGCUGAGCUCUCGCCCUGAUGGAGCUUUCACCAAGCUGAUGGAAUGGCAAAUGAGCGGCGGAGACCAGGUCCCUCCUCCGCGAACGAUCCCUCCCGAGGAGCUCUACAAACUCGAGAAUGAAAUCGAGGAGCCAGAGCCGGAGGAGGAAGAUGUGGACGAGGCAAAGACCCCGAGGAAAAAUUAG